CGCAGCCACCGUCGGUGCAAAUGGCCGCCGGCGACGCCGCCGCGGUGGUGGUGGUGUUCGACUUCGACAAGACCAUCAUCGAGUGGGACAGCGACCACUGGGUCAUCACCGAGCUCGGCGCCGCCGACGCCUUCAGCCGCCUGCGCCCCACCAUGCGCUGGAACCCCCUCAUGGACAGGAUGAUGGCGGAGCUGCACGCGCAGGGGAGGUCGGCCGACGACAUCCGCGAGUGCCUCAGGAGCGCCCCCCUCGACGCGCACGUCCUCUCCGCCAUCAGGACGGCGUCGGCAUUAGGGUGUGACUUGAGGGUGGUGAGCGACGCCAACGCCUUCUUCAUCGAGACCGUCCUGGAGCACCACGGCGUCCUGGGGUGCUUCUCGGAGAUCAGCACGAACCCGGCGCGCGUCGACGGCGACGGCAGGCUGAGGAUCUCGCCGUUCCACGACCCCGACAGCUCGCCCCAUGGGUGCAGCCUCUGCCCUGACAACAUGUGCAAGGGCAAGAUAAUUGAGAGGAUUCAGGCGACAGCCAAUGGUAAAAGGCAUUUCAUCUACAUUGGUGAUGGCAGAGGAGAUUACUGCCCCUCCCUUAAGCUAGGAGAGGGGGACUAUGUCAUGCCAAAGGAGAAUCACCCUCUCUGGAAUCUCAUCAGCAGCAACACACAGCUUCUCAAGGCUGAGGUUCAUCCAUGGAAGAAUGGCGAGGAACUUGAAAAGACCCUACUUAAGUUGGUCAACAAAGUGAUCAACCCACCUGCACAAGCAUCCCAAUUUGAAUGCAAAUGCGAUAUGAGCAAUCCAGUAUCCACUGAAGUAGGACACCAUCAGGCUCUCCGUGUGCCACAUUAAUCAGUAACCAAUUCUUGGCUCGCAAUUGCAGGCGAUAUUGCCUGACCAUUUCCAUGUGCCUUGACUAAGGAACUCUCCUCAGUCUGCAUUUAUCCUGAUGUGUGCUGUAAUAAAAACGAUGCAAUGAUUUAACAUAUGGAUUUGCUGAAA